ACAAACUGGAUAAUUUCGUAAUUAAGAUGAUUUGUAACCAGUGCAUGUACUGUAGUUAUACGUAUUCCAUUUAAUUUUAUGGUUUUCUUAUUAAGUAGAUAAAUCUCUUUAAUGAAUACAGCAUCACAUAACUGUUGCAAUGCCAGACACUAUCAUAAGGUAAAUAGAUGAAUUAGCUGGUGUGAUUUAAAUGCAUAUUAUUAUUUAAUUACUGAACUGUAAUGUACUGUACUUUGCUUUUAGAUCCGAAGCCUCCACCUAGGACAGAUGUUGGCUCUAAAGGCCUGAAAAUUAACCUGGAGACAAACUAUUUUCCAAUCAGUGUUAAAAAUAAGUUUGCAGAACUGGUUCAUUAUGAAGUCUCUCUAAAAAAACACAACAAAGAUGCAAAUCUUCCACGAAAAACGAAAAUGGAGAUAUUUGAAAAAAUGAAGAUGAUAUAUGAAAAGGAUUUCAAGAAUUACCCACUUGCUUAUGACUCAGAAAGGAAUGCAUACAGUGUGGGUGUCAUCCCUGCUCUUCAAACUCCUGAUUGCCAGAGUACUUAUGAGAUUGACCUUGAGGAAUCAGAUGGCAAGAGGACACAAUACAAAAUUUCACUAAUGGUGAGACAUCGUGCCAACCUCCAGGAACUUACGGAGGCACUUAACUGCUCUGCUCGUGAACAGAAGACACUUCCAUUAAACAUAUUUCAGAUGGUUGAAGUAAUGUUUCGUCAUUAUCGGGCCAUUAAGUAUGAAUUGGUUGGUCGUCGUAACUUCUACUCGGCAGGAGGAGAGUUUGGAACGCCAUAUCCAAUUGGAUGUGGCAAGGAAGGUGUGACUGGUUUUUUUGGGUCGAUGAGGCCUGCAUCUUGGAAGGAUGGAUCUCUCUUACUGAAUAUUGAUGUUGCACACACAGCAUUCUAUAAAGAACAACCUCUUCUGAACUUUAUUCAAGACUUCAUGAAUUUUAGGGAAGAUGAUUUUCAUAGACCAUUAGAGCCAUUUAAACGAUCAAAACUUUUGCAAGAACUAAGAAAUAUUAGGGUGCAAGUUACACACUCCAAUAUCCCUCGCACUUACAAGAUUAUAGAUGUUUCAGAACAUUCUGCUGAGAAACAAACAUUUCCUUUAAAAGAUGAGAAUACUGGGAACACAGUUUACUGCACCAUUGAAAACUACUUCAAGAACCAAUAUGGAAAAAAAAUUAAGUUUCCAAAGUUGAACUGUGUACAAGUGUCUCCUGCUGAAAGGAAUGUGUUUAUUCCAUUUGAGGGACCAUUCUGUUUCUGUUGAUACUGGUGUAGUGGAUUCCUCCCCUACAAACGCCGUUUGUCGCUGAGUAGCCGACCCUCUUUGAAUUACCCAGCCUGCACCUCCAGCGCCGCCUGACGUAGCGGGGGUCAACUAUCAACCCACGCCUACCCCCGCCUUAUAAGACCUCACCCCGCCGUGACCACCCUCUUUCUA